AAAAAUAUAACUACAAAAAACACAAUGACUUUUGAAUCGGUGUUAAUAACGGGCGCCAAUCGUGGCAUUGGUCUGGAAUUAGUGCGACAACUGUUGGCCAACACCGGCACCGAUGGCGGGCCCACACAUGUGAUCGCCACUACACGACAGGCCACUAAUCCAGCGUUAGAUGAGCUCCGGGACCGACACUCAAACCUACAUGUCUUACAACUGGAUGUCAGUUACCCUGAGUUUGCCAAACGUGUAGAAGCCCUGUUGGACGGGAGAGGGUUAGAUAUUCUGAUCAAUAACUCUGGUAUAAUGGAUCGGACAAGUCUAGCUGAAGUGACCAUGGAACAAAUGAUCGACAGCUAUCACGUUAAUGCCCUCGCACCAUUUAUGCUUAUUAAAGUUUUGUUACCACUACUCAAAGCUAGCUCAUUAACACGUAAAACCAUGGCCAACAUACCGCCAAAAUCACCUAGUCCCUAUCCAUAUCGGUCUAGUAAAUCGGCGUUCACCAUGAUCAGCCAAUGUUUAGCUGCUGAUUUAAUCGAUGACGAUAUUACUGUGCUCAACAUCAACCCUGGUAACGUAAAUACUUAUGGUGGCGAUCCGAGCGUUACUAUUGAUAUUGAAACUAGUGGUCGCGCAAUAUUGAACUUAAUAAUGGACUACAAGUCAGUGUUGAUUACGGGCGCCAAUCGUGGCAUUGGUCUCGGAUUAGUGACCGCACUGUUGGCCAAACCCAAUGGCGGGCCCACACAUGUGAUCGCCACUACACGACAGGCCACUAAUUCGGCGUUAGAUGAGCUCCGGGACCGACACUCAAACCUACAUGUCUUACAACUGGACGGUAAAAGUUAUGAAACUUUUGCCGCGUUGGCCGUAAAAGUGGCCGCAAUUGUGGGCGAUAUGGGGUUGGAUUGCCUGAUGAACAACGCGGGCAUUGCUAUCAAACAACAUUUGGCCGACAUUACAGCGCAGGGCAUGAUUGAAAACUUUGAGGUUAAUUCAGUUUCACCAUUGAUGCUGACAAAAGCAUUGUUACCUCUGCUCAAGUACCCGUUCAAAGCCUAUUAUCCGUACCAAACAAGUAAAGCUGCACUCAAUAUGAUCACAAAAUGCCUAUCGGUCGACCUUAAAGCACAUGGUAUACAAGUGAUUGGACUUCACCCUGGUCAUGUCAAAACAGAUAUGGGUGGGCAGGAGGCACCAUUAGAUGUAACCCAAAGUGUUUCAGCCAUAUAUAAAGCUAUAGCUGGUAUAACCGAUGAUAAUACGGGCAAAACUCUUAGUUUUGAUGGCAGUGUUGUACCGUUUUAA